GCAGAGCGCACAUGUACGCGGUUCAUAUCAAGCCGGAGUACUCAUAGAUCUUUUCCUAAGAAAUUUUAUUAGCUCGGAAUCAGCCGAGAAUAUUCGAACGAGAUUUUAAAAAGUCACAAAUCAUCACUUCGCGCCGUGAAAUAUGUUAAGGAAUCAUGCCUUUCCUUUCAAGGACUUAAAAAUCCAACGUAUUAAAGGUGAACAGGCGAUUGCGCUGUCCAAAUCUUAUCCGCUUCAUACCCGUGGUUUUGUCAAAAUCGGCGAGAAAAAAUGGUUCCUGCCAUACAAGUACGCCGAGCAAGGCGAUAAAGCAUAUAACUUCGAGACUCGUCCCGAUGACACGUGGAUCAUUACCCAUCCUAGAUCAGGUACAACGCUGACACAGGAACUCGUAUGGUUGGUGGCCAACGAUCUAAAUUUCAAUGAAGCGCAUCGAAGGACUUUAAUAGAAAGAUUUCCCUUUUUAGAUUUAGGUUUACUAGUGGAAGACGAUAUAUUUGCAAGCGACACUCCCGAUGAGCAAAAAAUAUCGAAGUGUAGUAUCGAUUUUGUGCAAAAUCAGCCCUCACCGCGUUUCAUCAAGAGUCAUUUUGCUCUCGAUUUAUUACCAACAGUCAUAAACAAUAAUUGCAAAAUUAUUUAUGUCGCCCGAAAUCCAAGAGAUGUGGUGGUCUCGUGGUAUUAUUUCCAAAAGGACAUUAAACUGAUUCAGUAUCAGGACACUUUCGAGCAGUUGUGUAUUGAUUUCAUGAACGAUCACACAAUGUCGUCUCCAUAUUGGGAACAUGUAAAAACAGCUUGGGCAAUUAGACAUAAACCAAAUAUUUUGUUUCUUUUCUAUGAAGAUUUAAUAAAAAAUUUAAUUGAGAACAUCAAGAAAGUCGCCACGUUUUUUGAUAAAACCUACAACAAAGAAGAAAUCGCUAAGUUAGCGGAGCAUUUAAAUAUUGAAAACUUUCGCCAAAAUUCUAUGGUGAAUCAAGCAGCCCCUGGUCAACAAAUAAAACCCGAAUCAUUUAUCCGGCAAGGAAAGACAAAUAAUUGGAAAGAGAUAUUCACACCGGAGCUUGAAAAAAGAUUUAACGAAUGGGUUGUCGAUAAUUUGAAAGAUACAGAUCUGAUUUUUCCCGAUUGAAACCUACAACGAUGAAGAAAUUGCUAAGUUAGCGAAGCAUUUAAGUAUUGAAAACUACCACAAGAAUUUUAUGGUGCGGUGGAAUAAAGCGGAGUUUGGUCAACAAAUAAAACCCGAAUCAUUUAUCUGGAAAGGAAAGGCGAAUAUAAUUGGAAAAAUAAUAAUUUGAAAGACACUGAUCUGGUUUUUAUUCCCAAUUAAAUUUGCCACAAAAAAUAUUUAUCAGCACAAAUAAUUCCACAUAUUUUGUUAAACAAUAUAUGUAUAUACAAUUUUUACAUGAAUAAUGAACAAAUAUGUAAUUGAUAAAAAAUUUCUCUAUUGAGGUCUAUUUUAAAUAAACAGAAUUGCUAAUGUUUAAGUUUCUCGAAGAGGGAAUGGAGAAAUUUUUUCCUAGAUAAAAAAAAUAAACUUAAAUUGGAGAUUUA